ACGAAAAAAUACGUAUAUUCAGUUAUUUCACUGGAAAUGAAAAACUACAAACCGAUGCACUAUCUUGCCUUGAUGACUUAACAGCGGAUGAUGAGAAACGUGGUUACUUGAGGUUUCUAAUCUCUACGCCUGAGUCUCCUGGAAAACGCAGGAAAAUCGAUCUAUGGGAUGAAACUGAAAAAGACCGGGGAAAGUUUUGGAAAUCUUUGGAGAAUGCGAAAGGCGCCAUUCUAUACAUCCGUAAAUGUUAUGAUCACUUAGCUAAUAUUAUCUUUAAUGAGAAAAUACAUCGUUGUCGUAUUACCGGUAAUCCCGGAAUUGGCAAAACUGUUUUCGGAUUUUAUCUACUUUAUUUGCUUUCACAACAAAAUAAAACCAUUGUAUAUCACAAAGCUUGCCAAUAUCCAAUUCUCUUCAACAAUCAACAUACCUUCUGUAGUGAUAAUAUCUCUGACUUUAAAAGAUACUUGGACAAUACAGAUGUCUGGUAUAUUGUAGAUGGUCAACUGCCACUCCAAGUUCAUGCUAAGACAAUUCUCUGUUCUCCACAAAAACAACAUUACAAGGAAUUUGAUAAGAUGAUGGGAACAACAAUACAAUUCAUACCGAAUUUGUUCUCACGUUGGGGAGGGAUUCCUCGAUUCACCCUAGAAAAAGCUCAAGAUUCUUCUCAGCAAAAUCAUCUCGAAGAUGCAAUUAGCAAGAGUAAUUGGAGAUUAUUUGAUUUUGUUGGAGAAAUUGAUCACGCCGAUGACGUUAGUCACAGGCUCAUUCAUAUUCACACGAAUCUGCCGGAUGAAGAGAGUGAAGAGAAUGGUGAAGAAGCUCCUUACAUUCAAAAAAAUUUAUACGAUUUGCGUCUGAAUACUCAGUUGAGGAGUUUUGUGACAGCAAGCUCAUCAGAAAAUGAAUAUAGUACGCUCCGGGGCGUUAUGUUCGAACAGAUUGCACAUCGAAUCUUACAAAAGGGAGGGACAUUUAAUAUUCGUCCUUUAGAAUACGACUUCACAAGUUCUACAAUUGAAAUUCCAGAACGGAUCAAGUUGGUGUUUAAUGAUAUUAAUAAGAUCGAGGAGGGUAAGUACUGUCAACCAAUUCAAAAGAACUUUGCAUCCAUUGAUGCAAUUGUUGCACCAGACACACUCUUUCAGAUAACCGUGAGCAAGAAUCACCCUAUUAAUAUGAAUGGCAUGAAAAAUCUUGUUGAAAAAUUGGGUGGAAAGUCGGGGAUAAAUACUAUCUAUUUUUAUUUUGUCUUAUCGAAAGAUUUAUCUGAGAAUUACCAAAUACAGCACUUUCAUACUACCGGCAAAACUGUUGCCAAGAAGAUAUCCCGUUGGAUUACUAGUCGUGUUAAGCAAUACGCGUUGAAAAUUGACUUGAGUUCUUGGUGA